AUGAAUAACAAUACACUUACAUAUCAGCCUCAUGUCCUCGUCUUAUCCAUUGUACAAAACCAUCAAGACUAUAUAGAUCAUUUCUUUCAAUUAUUAGAUAAUACUCAUUAUUCAAAUAAUCGUAUCUCUAUCGCCCUUUUGGUCUCUGACUCUAGUGAUCAAUCCCUUGAGAAACUCUAUACAGCCAUUCAUCAAUUUCAAAAUAGAUGGAGACAGACACAGACGUUUUAUAAAAUUGACGUCUAUGAAAAGAAUUUUCAAUUAGAUUCUAGACCUGACACAAUGGAGGAUCCCUUAAAUUCAAAGAGAGCUUAUUUGGCAAGAGCUAAAAAUUUUCUCUUAACAGCAAGUUUAAGAGAAUAUCAUGAAUGGGUUUCAUGGAUAGAUAUAGAACUUUAUGAUUAUCCAAGGACAAUCUUUGGAGAUUUGAUAAAAUUUGACAUGGAUGUCAUCGUACCUAAUUGUUUAUUAAAACGAGAGGAUGAUAAUGAAUUUUGGGGUUACGAUCGAGAUAACUGGCAAGAAAGUGACUUGUCUUUAGAAAGACAAUAUAAUUUACCUGAACACGAAGUUUUAAUGGAAGAUUAUAAUAAAUAUGCAAUAGGUCGUCAUUUACUCAUAAAUAUGCCAACAAAUACUGGAAAAGAGGACAUUGUACCAUUAGAUGGGGUGGGUGGUACGUUUAUAUUCGUUAAAUCAACUGUACAUAGAGAAGGCGCCAUAUUUCCUCCGUUUAUCUAUCAACAUCAUUUAGACACAGAAGGCUUUGCAAAGAUGGUGAAAUCCAUGGGCUUUUCUGUUUAUGGUAUUCCAAGUUAUAUCAUAUAUCAUUUUUAA